GUCUCUCUCCGGCACUGUUCGCGCUCCACGCAAGCCUUUCCCCCAUCAGGAACAGCGUUCCUUCGACUUUCUUGUGCCGCACGUGGCUCACCAUCAACAACACGUCUUCUGAACGAGACAUUUUUACUUCCUUGUGGGUCAAAAUUAGUAUAAAUACAGCAGCGUUACAAGUUUGACACUUUUAGGCGGCCAUCUUGGAUCAUAAUUUCCUGUCGUAAAACGGUUCCCACGUUGGGAACUUUCCGAUUUUACGACAUCACCUGGGCACGCUACGCUGCUUUUACGACAGUGCCGCAAAACAAUGUUUCCUCAGCAACCAACAACAACAACAAAGGAAAGAUGGCGGAAGCAUCGACCAAGAAGAUGGAGAUCUCCUUCGGCACUACCCUGGACAGGAAACUGUUCCCUAUCAACUGCGCCCCCACGCGGUUCGGUAACGAACUGUCCCCGCUCAGGGGAGCGCCACACAGAGGACCAGGUUGUUACGACAAUGAAGAGGUCAGCAACAUGGUGUACAACAUUGAGAAAUUCCCCAUCUGUACCAAGAAAGGGUACUCCCUGGGCGCACGCACAGACCCCAGGUUCAGGAAAGUUCACACGCUCAUCACACCCAGUCCUGUGGCCUACCAGACCACAUGGACAGAACUCAGGAGCUUCAAACCAGCCUUUAAACCCUUCGAGGUUGGAGCCAACAGAUUCAGGGAGAUCAAGCUAGAUCCACUUAUUAAUCCAGGGCCUGGGACCUAUGAACAUGAUAUCAAGAGAAAUCGGCAAGUGUCAUGGCCGAGCCAGUUCGGUGCACCCAUCCAUCCAAUCCAGCCAACGCCGGAAAAAAGAACACUGAAGACAGAGCUCCUGAGUGACAAGGAGUUCAGGAAACACAAGAACAGGGUGGCAUACCUGAGUCUUUACUGGGAAUGACCCACUAGCUCCAUCCUUGUGUAAUGUAACAAUAUAGCAGUAUAAGCCACAGAAUAUUAAGGGCUAUUUCUCUUCUGUGUCACUUCCAAAUUAGACCAAAUUUCGUAUUUGAUUUAGGCAUCAGCCUAACUUUUUAGGAGCUUAUUUGUAGCAGAUUUUAACAGCAAAGAACUAAUCGUAUCACUGCAAUGGUGGCACCCUUGUCAAGAUUAUGAUUUUAUUACAGAAAACUGUCUGAGAUUAUUUGAAAAACUGAACAUAUUUUUGUGUUGCAUUUUAUGCAGUCAGAGGGAAUCAGUUUGUAUAUAAUAUUACUGUAUAUAAUACUGCAGUAUCUGGCAGUAUAUUAUUUGUUUUUUUAUUGUCUUCCAUCAUGUGAAAGUACUAAUUAUAAGAUGAGUGUUGUUUCUUAAAUUUUUGUUGCCAACAUUUCAACUCACAUUGUUCAUUGUGAGAACAUCUGUAAAUAAAGUACAUAGUA